AUGUCUGUCGACGGCAGUAGGUGUGGUGGUGGCUUGAGAAACUCAUUGAUGCUGAGCCUCGUCGUCGUGCUGCUUCAGUUAUUGCUCCUUCAUCAUUCCAUCAUUAAUGCCAUGAAUUUAUCCAUAAACAAAAUGAUGAAAAUCAGAUCAGCAACUACCAGUACUACCACUCGCCAACAAUUCAUCAUUCAAGACAUUCCCUACCUUCAUCAAAUCACGGAUUAUUCUUGCGGAGAUGCAAGCCUCAACAUGGUAUUGUCAUAUUAUUACCCACAGAAAAUCAUUGAUCAGAGAGCCAUCAUUGAUGUUGCACGUACCUCCAAUCAUACAGGUACUUUGAGUUUGGAUGUGGUUCGGAGUGCAAGAUUCUCGCCUCUCAGUUCAACUCCAGCCUCACAGGUCUAUAUUCAAUUUCCAGAACAGGCACCAACUUCUGGUUGGUUCAAUUCAAAAUUUGCAAACAAAUCACAAGCUUCAGUACCAGUGAAUAUAUUUGAACAUUCUGGACUAGCGACCGUGUACUAUCCUGAUCGAAAGUGGCUGAUACCAUGCGAAGUGGCUCGAAAUGAUACCACCACGAAAUGUUGGGUCGAUCAUUUAGUGAAUGAAUUUUUGAAAAAUGACAUUCCAGUGAUUUGUUUGAUGAAUUUUAAAGUGGACUCUGGAGGUCACUAUCGAGUGGCAGUGGGAUAUGAAUUUGAAAAAGAUAUUUCAUCGAAUAAGGAAGUUCUUACUGGGAUCAUCAUGUUAGAUCCUUGGGAUAGAAAUAACAAUCCUACCAUGGUCACUUAUGGCGUGGAUUUAUUUUGUAAAAUGUGGAAACAUGCUGAACCUAAUGAUGACAAGACAUGUUUUAAACCCUAUUUUGGAAUUGCUGCGUUUCCUCUCUCUAUCAGCGUCUCAGAAAAUUCUAAAACAAAUUUCAAUAUUAAGGUGACAUAUCCAUGUGUUUUUCCACCCUCUAACAAGGACAGAAAACAAGCAGAAAAUUCUCCAGAUCUUCCCCUCACGACCACCAUUCAACAUUUAACGAUUGAAAUUUCAGCACUUUCAAAACCAAAUUCUAAUGGACAAGCAAGUAUCAUGUUCACAGAGAAUAUUCCUCUCACUAAUACCUUUACAGCAUGUGAUUCACACAUGUUGAGUUAUAAUCUUCCCAAUAUUGGCGCAGACUCGAUUCGAAUUAUUGCUCGUGGAAUGGUUUGUGACACCGUCUUGCCCACCGAGUAUAACACCAAUGUUUGGAGUCCAAGUUACAAGUAUUGUGAUUAUGUUGGUGGUGCCAUUAUUCAUCAGUUGUAA